CAAAAUUUUACAAGAUUGUGAAGUAGAACCACUCUAUCUUUUUGUACCACUAUGUUCAACAUUAAUCACAAAACCUCUGGAUGAUCCCAAACCUAAAAUAAAUAGUUCUAUUGAUGAAAAUUGA